AGAGGAUCAGGCGCGUCGGCCACGGAGCUCGUUCUCACAUCCAGCGUGCAGCUCACAACCCCCCUCCCCGCACUCUCAGGCGCGGCCAAGCUGACCAUCACGGGCGCGUGUGCCUCCAGCAGUUGACUCUGGUCAACCUCAGCUUCCAGCUGGGGAGAGGCGUCUUUUACAAGGUGCUGACGGCUAUCAACGCGAGACUUUGCGAUUUCUCUUCAAACACGGAGCCUAACUAUGGAGGAGGGGUGCUCAGUGAAUCCUUCCCUGCCACCGCCGCCCCUGGAAGCCUCCCAACGCGCCUCUUCACGAGCUGCACCUUUGUUCGCAACACAGCGCUCAGCCUGGGGGGUGGCGCUGUCAGUAUCAAUGCCGGCAAGAGCACGGGCCAAGUGCCGGAUCUGCGCUUUAACAACAAGGCGUUCGGCAGCUACCCUGCCAGCCCCUAUCUCAAGGCUGGUUACGGCGGCACAGUCUACGCCAUCUCAACCCAACCGGCACAGGCCAUGGCUCUUCGCUUCUGCUCGUCAUCGUUUUCAAGCAGCGGCGGCGUGUAUGAGGACGGGCCCACGCUGGCCGUGCAGAAUAUGCCGGACGUGCAAUCCCGUGGGGAGGUGGCGUUGUGCGGCUGGUCGGGGCCGGCAGGGUUGGUAGUGCCCACGAGCGGAUGGUCGGUGCUGUCCAACUGCCCAAACAGUUGGGAAAACGGGGAACAGUGGGUGAGGAGGUGGGGUGGGAGUGCUGUGGGAGCGAUGGGAGCAGUGUGCGGGCUGGCUGGGUUGGUGGUGCCGAGAGUGGGCGGCGGGCGCAUGGGAAGCCAGUGGGUGGCGGGCGCAUGGGAAGCCAGUGCACAACCAGGCGAGGGGGAAGGCCAGCUGGGUAACUAG